GUGGCUGGAGGUAACAAGAUGCAGUUUCUUGGAGGAAAUCGGAGGAAACUGAGGUUGGCAGAUGACCAGAGGAAUGCUUGCUACCCACAUAGCCUUCUGUUUUACUUGCAGCCGCCUUCUGGAAACAUAUCUUUGAUAGAAUUUGAAAACUUGGCUAUCGAUAGAGUUAAAUUGCUAAAAGCAAUUAAGAAUCUUGGUGUGAGCUAUGUGAAAGGAACCGAGCAGUACCAGAGUAAGCUGGAGGCUGAGCUUCGGAAGCUUAAGUUUUCCUACAGAGAAAACUUGGAAGAUGAAUAUGAACCCCGAAGAAGAGAUCACGUUUCUCACUUUAUUUUACACCUUGCUUACUGCCAAUCUGAAGAGCUUAGGCGCCGGUUCAUUCAACAAGAAAUGAAUCUCCUUCUAUUUCAAUUCAGUAUUUUACCCAAGGACAAAAUUCAUUUCUUAAAGGAUAGCCAUUUGCAGUUUGAGGCUAUAAGUGUUGCAGAGAAGACUCUCCGAGAACAGGAUAUUAUGGCUUCAUCACACAGUUUAGGUGGGGUUCAGUUGGAGUCAGUUUUUAAGAGCCCUUUUGCUGAUGCUCUGGAUUUGUUCCGAGGAAGGAAAGUCUAUUUGGAAAAUGGCUUUGCUUAUGUACAACUCAAGGACAUUGUGGCAAUCAUCCUGAAUGAAUUUAGAACCAAACUGUCCAAGGUUUUGGCUUUAACAGCCAGGUCCUUGCCUGCUGUGCAGUCGGAUGAGAGACUCCAGCCUCUGCUCAACCACCUCAGUCAUUCGUACACUGGUCAAGACUACAGUACACAGGCAAAUGUUGGGAAGGUUUCUUUAGAUCAGAUCGAUUCGCUUUCUACCAAAUCCUUCCCACCUUGCAUAGAUCAGCUACAUAAAGCCCUGCGGGAAAAUCACCAUCUUCGUCAUGGGGGCCGCAUGCAGUACGGCCUCUUCCUGAGGGACAUUGGCCUAACCUUGGAACAGGCAUGGCAGUUCUGGAAGCAGACAUUUAUCAGAGGAAAGAUGGAUCUAGAUAAGUUUGAUAAAGGCUACUCUUACAAUAUCCGUCAUAGCUUUGGAAAGGAAGGCAAGAGGACAGACUACACACUUUACAGUUGCCUGAAGAUUAUCCUAACCAAUCCACCAAGCCAAGGGGAUUAUCAUGGGUGCCCUUUCUGGCACAGCGAUCCUGAACUGCUGAGGCAGAAGCUGCAAGCGUACAAGAUCCCUCCCUCAGGGAUCAACCAGAUUUUGGAUUUAGUAAAAGGGACACAUUACCAGGUAGCCUCUCAGAAGUUCUUCAAGAUGACACAUAAUGUAGAUGAUUGUGGCUUUUCUUUGAGUCAUCCAAACCAGUUCUUUUUUGAGAGCCAGUGGAUCCUCAGUGGAGGUAAAGACAUCAAGAAGGAAUCCAUCCAACCAGAAAUGCCCCAACGCAAACCGAGUGUCCAGAGAAGCAAGGAUGCGUCAUCUGCUCUGGCCUCACUCAACUCCUCUCUGGAAAUAGAUCUGGAGGGACUAGAGGAGUUGCUUCAGUGAACGAU